UUGAAUUUUCUUUUUAUACGUUUAAGCAAAUUUUAGAAAUUUCACUUAUACGGGAAGAAAAACUAAUAGCAGGAAGAUAAAAACGAAAAAUUAAUAGUGUUGUCAGUGUGUGUGUGUUGUUAAAGUCGGUUCCAAAAUGGUUUUAGCAGAUUUGGGUAGAAAAAUCACUACUGCCUUGCACUCUUUGAGCAAAGCCACAGUUAUUAAUGAGGAGGCUCUCAAUUCUAUGCUUAAGGAAAUUUGUGCAGCUUUACUGGAGGCAGAUGUAAACAUACGAUUGGUUAAGCAAUUGCGUGAAAAUGUGCGAGCAGUUAUUGAUUUCGAUGAGAUGGCCGGUGGUUUGAAUAAAAGGCGUAUGAUUCAGAGUGCGGUUUUUAAGGAGUUAAUAAAACUAGUUGAUCCUGGUGUAAAGCCAUAUCAACCAGUUAAAGGUAAGGCCAACGUGAUUAUGUUUGUGGGCUUGCAAGGAUCGGGAAAGACCACAACGUGCACCAAGUUAGCUUAUCACUAUCAAAAGCGCAACUGGAAGUCGUGUUUAGUAUGUGCAGAUACAUUUCGUGCCGGCGCUUAUGAUCAAAUUAAACAGAAUGCUACCAAGGCGCGUAUACCGUUCUACGGUAGCUACACAGAAAUUGACCCUGUGGUCAUUGCCCAAGAGGGCGUCGAAAUGUUCAAAAGGGAAGGUUUUGAAAUGAUAAUUGUCGAUACCUCUGGACGUCACAAGCAAGAAGAAUCGCUGUUCGAAGAGAUGUUAGCGGUGGCCAAUGCCAUUAAUCCAGACAAUAUCAUCUUCGUAAUGGAUGCCACGAUUGGUCAAGCUUGCGAAGCCCAGGCCAAGGCUUUCAAAGGAAAGGUAGACAUCGGUUCAGUCAUUAUAACAAAAUUAGAUGGGCAUGCCAAAGGCGGAGGUGCAUUAUCAGCUGUCGCUGCCACAAGAUCACCAAUCAUUUUUAUAGGCACGGGUGAACACAUUGACGAUAUGGAACCCUUUAAAACUAAACCUUUCGUUAGCAAAUUGCUGGGUAUGGGCGAUAUUGAAGGCUUAAUUGAUAAGGUCAACGAAUUAAAGUUAGAUGGCAACGAAGAACUACUUGAGAAGAUUAAGCAUGGCCAAUUUACAAUACGUGACAUGUACGAACAAUUUCAGAAUAUUAUGAAAAUGGGACCAUUCUCUCAAAUUAUGGGAAUGAUACCAGGUUUCUCGCAAGAUUUCAUGACCAAGGGAGGUGAACAAGAGUCUAUGGCUCGUAUUAAACGUAUGAUGACAAUGAUGGAUAGUAUGUCCGAUGGCGAAUUAGAUAACCGCGACGGUGCCAAACUAUUUAGUAAGCAACCAACGCGCAUUGUCCGUGUAGCCCAAGGAUCUGGUGUUCUGGAACGUGAAGUUAAAGAGCUUAUAUCGCAUUAUACGAAAUUUGCCGCAGUUGUCAAGAAAAUGGGCGGAGUUAAAGGAUUGUUCAAACAGGGUGAUAUGACCAAAAACGUUAAUCCCACGCAAAUGGCCAAGCUCAAUCAACAAAUGGCGAAAAUGAUUGAUCCGCGUAUGCUGCAGCAAAUGGGUGGUGUUGGCGGUUUACAGAAUAUGAUGCGUCAGCUACAACAAGGAGCAGCUGGCGGUCUAGGUGGGCUAGGGAAUUUAAUGGGCGGUUUCGGUGGGAAAUGAAAUUCACGUUUAACAGAUAACUUAUUCGCACUUCCCUUAUUGUAAAAUUUUCUACCUUAAUAUAUUGUUUCAUUUCUCGAUUUAAGUUACUGGUAUUACAUGUUAUUUCACCUUUCGAAAUAUACAAAUAUCUAAGCUUAGAAUAUAAUCAUCUUAUUUGUAUCUCCAAAGACGUGCAUGCGGUUUUGGGGAAAUUGUUCAAAGAAAGACGUUUACUUGUUUUAAUUUUGUUUAAAAUGUUUCCGAGCUUGUGAAGCUCAGCAAAAGACGAAAAAAUGUUUAUUAUUUAUUGCAAUUGUAAACUGCGUAUAACUAAUUGGGUUUAUCUUAAAAAGAAAUAGCCGAUAUCAUUAAAGUCGGAUUUAAUCACAACGUAAUUUGUGUAUAUAUGACAUGAAUGUUCAUAUAUUCUCAUUAAUAUCGCAUAA